CAGUGCCCUGUACACAAACGUACGGUGGCGACUACUGUCACGGUGUGAGUUUUGUUUAUUAAGUAACAGGCUUGUGGAAAAACGCCUUGUUUGAGAGAAAUCUCCCUAAAGGGCUUCUUAUUACACAAUCUGUGUUUCGAAACGUUGUAAUCUGCCAACAGACGUAAGACAAGAAUGCCGGGAAGUACGAUUUUGCUUUUGGCGUUGGCAGUGACGGUGUUAUUUUUGUCAGUGGACGCACAGACCACUUCAGGCACGUCCCCUGCCGUGACAUUUGGAAUAACAACGUCUAACGCCAUUACUGCAUCAACUUCCACUGCAAUGGUUGCCUCGGCAACCGUUCCCAUAGCGACAAGUGACACGCCGUCAACAACUGAUGGAGUUACAACUACGUCAGUCUCAACGCCUUUGAAUACAGCGACCUCUACGGCUACAACAACCGAAGGUGGCACAGCCGCCCGAAGUACUACUUUUUCCUCAAACAUGAUUGGCACGUCCACCACUCACCAUCCUGGCACCUCUCCAGGCAUUGACACCACCGCUCCCCCAGGGGGCGCCACUGCACCGGGCACGACUCCAAAUAUGCCUGUAAUGGCUUCUACCCUUCAGUCUACAUUUGUUAACUCUCUCCAAGUUGAGACGAAAGUCGAUCAGUGGGACGAAGUUGAACGGGCUCUGUUCCAAGCAGUUGUAACGUAUGGCACAAACCGGUACUGCAGCCAAGGGGGCGCUUCCUGCUUCGGUCUCGGCAGCGUCACAAUCACGUCAGAAGACGUGAUGAUCCUUGGAACACCCGUUACAAGCCGUGGCACAACCACCUUCCGUUUCUUCAUCCGCCUACCGACCUCUUCACCAGGAGCCAUGAUCGUACCACUACAACUUGACGACCUGACUGAAAUUAUAAAAGAAAUCAGCAGUAGGCUGAUCGGUGCUCUUGCAGACCCAAACUUAACCAUUCGAUCAUCUGCCAAUGUGGACCCCAUCGUGACUCCCUCCUAUACCGUCACUCGCCCGCCUGAUGAGGGGUUCGAGCCCUGGGUCAUAGCUUUCGUCGUCACCAUGGCUCUGAUCGUAGUUCUUGGUGUGGCCUGGUUUGCCUACAGCAAAAUCAAAGCAAGGAGAAACAAACAGAUGGCAGACUUCGAGAUGGAGAGGAAUGGCGACGGUAGCAGGGAAGAUCUUUCGUUGUAAAGCUCGACGAACAGAAAUGUUUCAUAAAGUUAACCAACCAUUUUAUCAGGUUUUGUUGUGUGUGAGAAUUUAGGUAUAUUGAUAUAAAAUGGACGAAUUUCAGUUAAGCGAAGAUGAAUAUUUCAACAAUAACCUCAACUUUUAUCAAAAUUUUUAUAGCGGUAAUAAUUCUGAUGUAGAAUGGUUUAAUUACCUCCAUGAAAUGUCAUGGAGGUUAUAUUUUCUGUUAUGUGUCUCUGUCUGUGUACAAGAUUACUCAAGAACGGCUGGAUGGAUUGAUUUCAU